GCUAGUUUCUUCAGGUGGAGGCGGACGAGUUAUUGAAGGAGCGAAUCAAAAUGGCGAACCAAGAGGAGUCAGUGAGGGAGUUCGUCGCUGUUACUGAUGUGGAUGAGGAGAGGGCCCGUUUUUUCCUGGAGUCUGCCGGCUGGAAUCUGCAGCUUGCACUUGCCAGCUUCUUUGAAGACGGAGCCGAUGAUGACAUAGUGACACUUCCCCAGCCUGAGGGAGGCUCCUCGGUGUCCCGAUCCGCAGGCCCCAGUCAGCCCAGAGUGACCUCCUUCAGAGAUCUAAUGCAUGAAGCAGAGGAUGAGAGUGAUGAAGAGGAAGGCCAAAGGUUUUUUGCAGGAGGAUCAGAGCGCAGUGGGCAACAGAUUGUGGGACCUCCUAAGAAAAAGAGCUCCAAUGAAGUGGUAGAGGAUCUGUUCAAGGGGGCGAAGGAACACGGAGCUGUGCCUUUGGACCGCAGCGGGAGAGGACUGGGGGAGCCCAGCAAAGCUAAGGCGUUUGUUGGCGGAGGUUACAGGCUAGGAGCAGCCCCUGAGGAGGAGUCAACUUAUGUGGCUGGUGAGAGGCAAGCUUCCAACAGGCAGCAGGAUGUACAUGUGGUGCUUAAGCUGUGGAAGACCGGUUUCAGUCUGGAUAACGGUGAACUCAGAAGCUACGAUGAUCCUGGAAAUGCCAACUUCCUUGAAGCGAUCAGAAGAGGGGAGAUUCCUCUUGAGCUGAGACAGCGGUCUCGAGGGGGCCAAGUCAACCUAGACAUGGAGGACCACAGAGAUGAGGACUUUACCAAGCCCAGGAUGGCCUUCAAAGCCUUUGACGGUGAAGGACAGAAGCUGGGGAGCGCCACACCAGAGUUGAUUUCAGCUCCGCCCACCUCCCAGCAGGACCAAGCUGCCAACGAGGCCCAAGCCAGUGCCUCAGUGACCCUCGACCCCUCCCAGCCCGUCACUAACAUUCAGAUCAGACUUGCCGAUGGUGGCAGGCUGGUCCAAAAGUUCAACCAUACCCACAGGGUGUCUGACCUGCGGCACUUUGUGGUGGCGGCCCGGCCCGCCAUGGCUGCCAGAGAGUUCGUCCUGAUGACCACCUUUCCCAACAAGGAGCUGAUGGAUGAGAGCCAGACGCUGCAGCAAGCCAACCUCCUCAAUGCUGUAAUCGUCCAGCGGCUAAAGUGAGGAUGAGAGAGGAAGAUCAGCCCCCUGAACCCUCUCCCUGUCCCCCUCCUCCAGCUGCCCUCCCCCCUCUUCCACUCCUCCCUCUCCCUGUGGUGUGGCUAAGCAGCUCUUUGAAACCUGCUGCCCUAUCGAGGGUGGAGAGAAAACAGACUUAUGUAUGGACUUCUAAUUUCUCAGUUUUGUUUUUCUAAAGUGAAACUUAACACUCUGCUUCACAGCCCUGUCCCCCCAAAUUCUCCUCCCUCUCCCUGUCUGUGAAAGACGGUAACGGGGACGAAACUAAAAAUCUUCCAGACUGGAACAGAGUUCAUGUAAGAGCCUGUCGGAGCCUGAAGAUGCAGUCUGAACGACAGUUUAGUUAUAAAGGUGUUCACUAAAGAUUUGUUUGUUUUCCAUUAACCCAUCUUUUCUUUUUCUAUAGACCUUAACUCAGCCCAUCAGCUGUCAGUAGCCGGUGCUUUGGCAGAUCCACACCGUGACAGAUUCUCACUUUGAUUCUGUCUCAACAGCACAGACCAGAAUCACAUAACCAAAGCCAGUUUAUUAUCGCAUGAUGACGUGGCUUUGUACAAGUUUCCAUUUCUCUCCACACAUUCAUGUUGGAGAGAAAUGGGUGAUGAUGUAACAAAACAUCAAGGAUUUUUCUCUCUCCAAACAAACCUGUACCAGUAGCCUUACUCUUCUUUACGCAUCUCCACAAUCACACCUGUCCAUUUGUUUAAAUGAAGAUGGAAUUAUUUUUUUUAAAUCAACUCCUUUUAUCACUUCCUUCUCUUUUUUUUUUUUGUUUUUUUCUUUUUCACGCCGAUUGUAAGAUUGUCCCAGUUAGACAGAGGCAUUUUGAUAUAUGAACACCAAUUACACAUGGCUUUAUUAUUAAACCAAUGGUCGAGCAAAAGAACAUUUAGAUUGUAAACACUGGUUUGUUAGCGGAAGUUGAAUUCUUAAGAUACACUGACAUCUUCUAUGCAUCCUGGGGCAACACAAAAAUAUGUUUGGACCUCUGGUGAAAUAAAUCCAUUUUAUGGUUGAUGUAUAAAGAAA